GGUCAGUCAGAGCUCAGACAGGGAAAUGGCGGGGUUCGUGUAUCCGCCCUAUAACGCGUAUCAGGGCUACAGCGGGGGUUUCGGGCAGAACCCGCAUGUCCCUCAGCCCCUUCCCAAGAACAAGCAAGCGGCGUGGAAGUCCGGCAAGGCUUCCGAUCCCACAGACUAUCUGGAUAACUUCCAGCGGGCCCAGCUCAAGGCCAUUCUCUCCCAGGUCAACCCCAACCUCACCCCCCGGCUGCGCAAGGCCAACACUAAGGAGAUUGGGGUUCAGGUGAACCCGCGGGUAGAUACCGGGGUGCAAUGCUCUCUGGGGCCCAGAACACUGCGCCGCCCCCCGGCGCCCCCUACCAGCCCGGUGAAACCCUCAGACUCGGUGCGAUUUACCCGCCCGGUGGCGGUCUAUUCCCCGGUAGUGGACAGAAGGGUGUUCUCCCUGCCCCAGGGCGGCCGCCUGCCCAGAAAGAGCCCCUCGGCCCCGGAGAGCCCGGCGCAGCCGCUGAAGGAGAGAGCGCCCUCCCCCGGUAACGCGGAGAAGGAGGAGAGUGCGGAGCUGCCGGAGAGAAGCCCAGUGCCGGAUACCGGGGAGCCGAGCGGAGAGGAGCAGAAGAAACCGGCCUUCCAGUUCCUGGAGCAGAAAUAUGGCUAUUUUCACUGCAAGGACUGUAAAACCCGAUGGGAAAGUGCCUAUGUCUGGUGCAUUUCUGGGAGUAACAAGGUUUAUUUUAAGCAACUUUGUCGCAAGUGCCAAAAAGGGUACAACCCUUACCGGGUGGAAGCCAUUCAAUGCCAGGCUUGUGCCAAAACCCGCUGCUCCUGUCCCCAAAAGAAAAGGCAUAUAGACCUGAAGAGGCCUCAUCGGCAAGAACUGUGCGGCCGCUGCAAAAACAAGCGGCUCUCGUGUGACAACACCUACAGCUUCAAGUACAUCGUGUGAUGUGGCGCAGGGAGGGAUACAAAGCGCGCCUUGGCGCGUGGAUGCAGUGCACUUUCUAGAUUUAGCUCAACCGGCUUUGAAUCACGGCUUUUGACCCGGCAUUGGAGAAUGGAUUAAGGACUUUUGUAUGUUUUUGUAUAAUGGCAUAACUUUGUACACUUUGUAAAUAAAGCUAUUUUGGAAGUAGA